AUGAAUUCAAGUGAAACAAAGAAAGAUGAAAUUUCCAAAUGUAAAUUAGCAAGAUUUGGAAAUAAAAAAGUCGUCAAAUAUUCGGAUGAAUAUCAUCAUCAACGUUUAAAAAAUAAUGAAUCAGUUAAAAAUAGUCGAUUGAAAGCAAAACAAAAACAAAAAGAAACAGAAACGCGUAUGAAUAAAUUGGCAGAAGAAAAUCGUACAUUAAAUGAACGAGUCGAUUCAUUAAUGAAAGAAUUACAAGUCUUACAAUCACUUUAUAAAGAACUUGGUCAAGAUUUACCAGCUGAAGCUGUUAAAGCACUUGAACAAAUUAAUAUCUAUUAA